AGGAGCUUCAAACUAGAUGCCCAACAGAAUACGCCCUGCCAAGAGAUCUCACAAAACCAACGGAUCCGAGGACAGUCUCCAGUGACCCUGAGGGCCCCGUCUCCACGGCAGGAUCGGCCUCCACACACACGCCACCCCACUCCCACCAGGACACGACAGGCACCGGGCACACGUCCACCACAAUGGCAUUCCAGCCAGGAGCAGGGUCAGGGGGACAGCCGAGUGAACCCCGUGGGAAUCAGGACAAAGACAUGAAGGUUUUGUUCGACACAUUCAUUCCGAAAGAGGAAGGUAGUUCCACUAUUAUGGACCUCCCCACGCCGUUCAUCUUCACCCUGCGUGACGUCAAGCAGAAGGUCGUCCGCUUGCAGAGCAACAAUCUUGUGGCCGAGACCUCCAACUCGGACCCCGAGAAACUCAGCGUGGUGCCCAACCGGUUUGUACAGGGCAAACAGUAUCCCAUCAUCCUGGGCGUCCAGGGAGGAAGUAGCUGCCUGUCAUGCGGAACAUCGGCCCAACCCAACCUGCAGCUGGAGAAUAAGCAAAUCAUGGAAUUAUUUGAAGACAAGGAGCAAGCCGCUCGCUUCACUUUCCACAACAUUCCUGAAGGCAGCACCCACCGCUUCGAGUCAGCCGCUUACCCAGGCUGGUUUCUCUGCACCUCCCAGAAGAACAGCGAGCCCAUCCGCAUCACCAACCGCGUGGGCGAGACAGAGAUCACUGAGUUCUAUUUUAAUAGGAUUCUGACCUAAUAGCUGCCUGCGAUGGGAAGACACUCGAAGUAUGCGAUGGAUGACGAAGGCCGCAGAGGUUCCCCCCUUCACCCCAAACGAUAUUGCUUCCUUCUUUUUAGUCCUAGAAAUUAAAGUAGUGUCUACUCUCCUUUUUCUGGGAGACUCUCUGGUGACUCCAGAACUCGUGGCAUUAUGACAUCACCGGCACCAAGGAAGCAAAUCCUGAGCAGUUGAGAGGGGAUGGGAUAUUUAGCUAGGCUGGUUUUUAUGGUCUUGUUUUUUAUUAACCUCCAGUUAACACAAACACUCAACACAUAGUUGGGAGCAAAGCGUUUGCUGUUAAAGAUCCAGCCAAAGGUCAAAGCCAGCCCCUGCUACAAACUCAGAGCAGAGGAGGGCAGGGUGAGCCCCUGCUCUCAGAAUCUCUGUGCCAGCAUCACUAGGUUCCCAUCCCAAAAGGAGCUCCAGCCCCUGCAUCGGGGCCAACCAUCAAGGGUCCUGUGACCCAGUCACAUGGGUUCAUGUAGGAUUGGGCAUUGCACUAACAAAUAUGGUCCCACGCAGCAUAGGGCCCCAAGGAAAUGCUGUGGUAGCGUUAGUGGUGUUAUUAGAUCCAGGUCAGGAAAGCAGCUGUGGGCAAUAUAGCACUUAAACACAUGCUUCAAAUUAGUGUGGCUCAUGUUCUUUCCUGACUCAGGGCCAUGGUGCAGGUUCUGAUCUCCUUAGAAAGCUCCCAAAUCCCAUUAGCCACCUUUUAGUGCUUGGAUGCUAUGAGUACGGGCCUAUUUCUGCAGGCACUUUACUCCUGGGUGCACUGCUGGCUACGCUGGGCAUGCUCAUUGCAGUCAGCGGAACUCCUCGCAGUAGGAAGCAGCAGAGGCAAGGUUAAGGUGUUAGCUGGACUGAAUCCUUAGACAUCUCUCACCAGAUUUACACUCCCUCACAGAUUCCAAGGCCAGAAGAGACCAUUGUGAGAUCUUCUGUGUCACACAAGCCAGAGAACUGCCCACAAUAAUCCCUAGAGCAUAGCUGUCAGAAAAAACAUCCCAUCUGGAUUUAAAAAUUGCCGGUGAUGGAGAAUCCACCAUGAUCUUGGGUAAAUUGUUUCCAUGGUUAAUUACUCUUACCAUUAAAAAGGUACAUCUGAUUUCCAGUCUGAAUGUAUCUAGCUUCAACUUCCAGCCAUUGGCUCUUGUUAGACCUUCCUCUGCUAGACUGAAGAGCCCAUUAUUAAAUAUUUGUUCCCCCUGUAGAUACUUAUAGACUUUGAUCAACCACCCCUUCACUUUGUUAAACUAAAUAGAUGGAGCUCUUUGUAAUGCAGGUUUUCUAAUCCUUUCAUCAUUCUUGUGGCUCUUCUUUGAACUCUCUCCUAUUUACCAACAUCCUUCUUGAAUUGUGGGCACCAGAACUGGACACAGGAUUCCAGCUGUGGUCUCACUAGUGCCAAAUAUAGAAGGAAUUAACCUCUCUGCUCCUACUCGAAAUUCCCCUGUUCGUGCAACUCAUGAUCACAUUAGCUCUUGUGGCUAUAGCAUUGCACUGGGAGCUCAUGUCCAGCUGAUGAUCCACCGCACCCCCCAAAUCUUUUUCAGUGUCCCUGCUUCCUAGGUUAGAAUCUCCCAUCAUGUAAAUAUGGCCUGCCGCCUUUGUUCCCAGAUGUAUCCAUUUACAUUUAGCUGUAUUAAAACACAUAUUGUUUAGUUGCGCCCAGUUUACUAAGCAAUCCAGAUCUCUCUGUAUCAGUGACCUGUCCUCUUCGUUAUAUAUCACUCUCCCAAUUUUUGUGUCAUCUGCAAACUUUCGGUGAUGCUUUUGUUUUCUUCUAAGUCAUUGCUAAAAAUGUUAAACUGUUUCUUAAUCUUCCCUUUGGUGUUUUAUUAAGUGUGAACCCACCAUACUUUGGAUUAGACUACGCUCUGCUAUAUGAACUCAAUGGGAAGUGCAAAUUGGCCGCGUCACCAUGUACUGUGAAUGAGUGAAAUAUGCCAAUAAAUACCCCAGUAGAUAUUCAGAUGAAGAUGUUUUGCUACAUUCAUCAGAAACAUAGCUGGAUAUGCCCAGCAUUAUCCCCUGAAUUAUUAAAUUACCACCUGGAUAAUUUAGUGCCACUUUCAUUAAGGUCAAUGGGGCUCUCGCGUCUAGACCUCUAUAAAAUGCUUUGAAAUAUAGUCCAAGCUCUGGGCCGCUGGCUAGAUGGGGAGCUGUGUGGUUGUAUUGUACACGUUGGUGGCUUUGCUUACGGCUCCUUCAGACAUACUGUGAUCGCAUCUCAAUAUCUGUUUGGCCUUUUCUAACCAAACUUUCACUUAACAGAUAUUCACUCACUGCAGCUCAGAUACAUUGUGACAAGUGACUUCCUUUUCUGGUUUUUCCCCUUGGUUAAAUGCAGUUUUGAAAUUCCGUACAUGGGGAGCAAGCAAGAGGAAAUAAAUGUUUUGUGAC